AUGACCCUGCUGUGUGCAGAGGAGGUUUGUGUAGGCGGGGGGGCGGAGCUGCUGCCUCGGUCUGCUGCAGCAGCAGCAGCAGCAGCAGCAGCAGCAGCAGCUGCUGCAGCUGCUGCUGCUCCUGGUCCUGCUGCUGCUGCUGCUGCUGAAGCUGCUGCAGGGGGAGGCAGCGGCUGCCGUGUGGUGGCUAUAAAGGGAGCUGCUGCAACCGGUGUCUGUGCGCAGCGUCCACAGCAGCAGCAGCAGCAGCAGCAGCAGCAGCAGCUGCAGCAGCAGCAGCAGGAAGAGGAGAAGGUGUUGCAUCAUCAGGAGCAUCAAGAGCAUUCGCAGCAGCAUUCGCAGCAGCAGCAGCAGCAGCAGCAGCAGCAGCAAAUGGGUUCUUCUCCUAGCAGCGAAGCUCCUGCUUCUCUGGAUUUGUCUCUUCUCUCUAAUGAGGUCAUCGACGGCCUGCAUGCAAUCGCUGAAAUACAAAAACAUAAACUUAACGGAAGGUGA